AUGCGGGCAUUGCGGGCAUUGCGGGCAGCCCCGUUGGCUGGCUGGCUGGCUCUGGCUGUGCUGCCUGCGGAUAGCCGCGAAAAGAAAAGAAAGCGAGAAGAGAAGCUCUGUCGCAAAGAGAAGUCGGAUAAGGAUUUUUCUAUCUUUUCACGAAGGAUUUCACGAAGGUGUGAUCUCGCCUUCUUUCUUCUUCGUCGUCGUCGUCGUCGUCGUCGAAAACGACAGUAUAGCCUGUUGGAAUAUGGCACGAGAGGCACCGCCGGCACCAUCUCGGAAGCCAUGCCGGCUGACGAGUUCGUGCGUAUCCAACGAGAAGACGGUGGUAGAAAACCGAGCUUGCAGCCGCCUUAACGCACUGAUCGACUGAUUGCGUCGUCGUUGAUAAAGAAAGAGAAAGAGAAAGA